AUGUUGCUGGAGUCACAUGUGGGCCAGACCAGAAAAAAACGGAAACGUAUCGACAGGAGUAUGAUUGGCGAGCCCAUGAACUUUGUGCACUUGACGCACGUCGGGUCAGGAGACAUGUCGAGCCAAGGCUUCUCCAUGCCAGGGUCGGUACAAGAGCGGAUGAAAUCCAAAAGUGGUUUAGUUGCCAAUUCUACUACGGAUUCAAGACAGAAUGUAGCAAACAGCCAGUUUUCUUCACAGUGAGCACCUCUUUCAGCAAGUGAUGGCAGGCAACAAAACCACACUUGAACUCCCUUGAUUACCAAAAAAAAUGGGUCUGCUCUUUACAAAAAAAGCCACUUCGCAUGGUUUGGACUAACUUAUAUAUACUCUCACACAUGUGGGUGUCCUCUGAUUCCUCCUUUUUACAUCUUCUGUCCAGCUCAAGAGCUCUGUGUGGACAGUUCCUUAUGUGCGUUCCUCCUAAAAGAACACAGGUUCUCUGCUAAUAUUCCUGAGGUGGAAGAACAAAGGCUGCCUGUCACUCUGAAAUCUCCGCUGAAGUGUCUUUUUAAAAUCUGCUGUUUUGUUCAGUUCAGCUCAAUCUGCAGGUCACGUCCCCUUGGUUUGCAGUGCAAGUUAUUGCUCUCUGUCUGUCAGUCUGUGCGUGCAUGUACGUGUGCUUGGUUGGGGGGUUUGGGGGGAAGGUGUUUGUGUAGAGUGCAGGGGACAAGUUUUUCAUCUUAAUCUUUUGGCUUUGAGUGGAAAAACUCCAUCUAACAUAUCAAUUUGAACAAGAAAUGUGGUGAGAUGGGAGCAGGGACUUGAGGUUGGUGGUAACUGGAGAGAUGCCGGAGUUCAACUUGUAGGAAUAAUCUUCCCUUGCUGACAGUCAGAUUUGUAACCCUGGUUUGAAAAAUGAAACUUCUGCCUGUCUGUAGAAGUGCAAGUCCCCAUGACACAAAGUUGGGAGGUGACAUCUCCACAAGCGAGCUGAUCUCGACUGUAGGACUGGUAGUAAGUUUCUAAUGGAGCUAAAUUAUUUCCUUUCUAUACUUUUUUUUCCUCUGGAAUUUUGGUUAUCUGAGAGAACAUUUUCUUUUUCUCUGCUUGACCCGCAUCACGACUUGAAAGCUGACAUGGCAGCGCAGAUUUUGGAGAGAGGUGAUGCAACACCAUUUUUCUGUAUAUAGCACUGUUGACCAGAUGUCCCAAAGAUUUGGUUUGUUCUAUAUCAUGGAGCAUUAAUUGAGGAUAGCCUCCCUUGCCACUCAAGAGGGUAAACUGCACUGCCAUGGGGAAGACAGAUCCACACAGUCUAGGCUAUCCCCAGCCCAAAAGUUAGGCUCAAUAUGGUUAAACCUAAAGGCCCAACUGUAACGCACACUGGAUCAGGCAGGACACAAAGCAGCCGUCUUCUGAUUGCUCUCCGAGAAGCUGAAGUGAGGGACCGAGUUUUGAAGUUGCUGCCUGACUACUGCCAUCGUUGAAAGCACUGUCAUGACCUCUUGAGUUGUGUGAGGACAAAUUUCCUCACUGACAAGGAGUGCCCGCAUAUGAGAUUAUUGUAGGGUGACAUUUCCUCCAAACCAUCGUGGUAAAAUCAAGAGAAUUAAGACUUUCUUUAUCACAUGGCCAGUUCCCCUUCCCAAGCCCCUGCAAGCCACAGCCCAUAGCUUACCUAGUUGGUAUAUCAACCUAGCCCAAAGUCACUGGAAAAUUCCACAUAAUUGUGUUAAUUUCCCCACAGCCCUCAACAGCAUUCUAUGCUGCAGUGUUCAACUGAGUCUUAUUGUCAAGAAAGAUAUUGGUGGGGGUGUGGGGCCUCCAAUCUGUGGAUGUAGUCCACCCUUCAAUACUUCCAUUGGAACCUGCUGCUCCAGAGAUGGGAAAUAUUAUUUUAGCUGGGAGGGUGGGUAGCUGGUGUUUUUUAAGAAGUAAUAUUUUUCAGCGAAUAUCUUGAUCUUGAAUAAAUCUUUGAAAUGCUUGCUUUUGUUUUUCUUUUUGAGGUCUGCGUUUUUGCUCUGUGGUGCGGGUGGUUGAGAUGCUCUGUGGGCUCAAAUGGGAGGGUUGCGAAGACUGGAAGCGGGGAGAGUGAUGGCAUUGACUGAGUACAGUACAGAAAUGAGCCAUUCAAACUGGCAGGUCUGUAAUGGAGCAUGUUCUCCCCAUGUGCUGCCUCCUUAGUUUUUCCAACCCUAUCUGUCACCGAACAAUUUUGUGUUUGUGAGGCUGAACAGGCCAACUGCACAUUAAAAGUAUGCUCUUCAGACAAAGAUCUCCUGUACCAGCUUGAUGCGUGCAUUUUCCAAUGCCAUCUUUUGAGCCACUUUGUAAGAUUCUCUGCAGUCUGUUGCUACAACUACCCCAAAUUUCAACUUCUUUUAGGUGAGAAUGCUUCUAGCUUCCAGCAUGGGGCAGUGAAACCUGGUAAUAAAGCAGUAAGAUUUUUCUGUAACACUGAUUUUUCUUGCUGAAGCGUUGAUCCUUUUUUGAAAAGCUGAGUAUCUUAACAUCCCAUCUGUGGGAAAUGAUUCAGAACUUAAUUUUUUAACUUGGAAGAGUGACACAGGCGUUCUGAUGAUCCUGUGUGUGUGUGUGUGUGUGUGUGUUUGUAUGUACAUCUCCGUGUUCCGGACCGCCAGCAUGAUUCAUUUUGAGAACUCAUUUUUUACCACGUGAGGAAAUUGAGGCCAAACUUCUCAAAAUCCCAGGUUACGUUCUGACCGAGGGAGGUCAUUCAAACCAUUUCAUUUCUCCUAUCCAGACAAACCCAUCAUCCCAGCUUGCAGCUGUUUUUAAAAAAAUUAUUCUAGGAUAUUCACAUGCAAAUGUGGGAAUUCAAAGCGUACAUGUGAAAGCACAGUGAGUGGAAUUUAUUAUGUCAAACUGUCCUACCCUCAGCUGCCUGGAAAUCCUUUCUUUUGCCUUCAGCAAUGGAUGAGAAUUGUAAAAGAUGUUCAGAAUUGCAUGAACACAACCCCAGCGUCUAGCAAAUUUGACACCAAACUGUGCUACAAGUCCAGAAUCCUUUUUGCCAAUGGUGGAAGUAGAAUUGCCUUAUGGUGUUUGUGCUACUCAACAAAAUGCAAACUAUAAUGAAAACUGAAAAUGCUUGAGGAAACUCUGCCGGUCUGGCAGCAUCUGUGGAGAGACAGACGGAGAGAGAGAGGGGGUGGAGUGUUAACAUUCUGAGUCCAGUAUGACUCUUCUACGGAAAACUGUUCUGUUUCUCUAGCUCUUUCUACUUUUUAUUUCUGAUCUCCAGCAUUUGUAGUACUUUGAUUAAAGUGGCAAAUAACUUUGACCUUUUGAAGCCUUCUCAUUCUAGGGGGGCAACCACAGAUUUAAAUGCCAGUUCACCUAAAAUGUGCGUUUGACUUUUUUCUCCUUCCAUGCACUAUAAAUAUACAUUUACCCGCCAAUCCCAAAAUCGCUUGAAGCUCUUGGUCAUUCGGGCUAUAUUUCCAUUAGCUGUAUGGCCUUCAGUGCCUCACUAAAGUGGACACCUUUCCCAUGUGCACCUUGUGUUUGACCAUGAGUUCAAUGUGAUCUUUUGCCCGGCUGUCCUCCGGCAGAACGCGAACUUGGCAGCAGUCGUUGGAUCAUUGGGACCAUGUUGUUUCAAUUAUAUAUUCCUCACAAGUCACGUUGAGGACAGGAGUAACUUCUUUGGGGUAAACUGGACACGUACAGAUCAACUAUGAGCAUAGGGAUGCCACAGCAGUUGCCAGUGUAAGCUGCCUUCUUGUCAAACAAUUGGGCAAAAAGGGUGAAAGUUUCAGCCACUAAACAGUCUGCGCUGCAUCUAAAUGAUGGGAAGGGGUGUUGCAUCGGAGGCACUUCUAAUUUCAGCACUUGACCAACAAGAGCAAGUAUUUGAAUGCAUGCGUAUUGAUGACAGCUGGACUGUCUUUCUUGCAGUGAAGCACAACAAUUCCUUUGUCUUCUCAGAAUGUCCACUGAUGGAUAGCUGGGCUAUUCCUUUAACUGUGUAGUGUUUGCAUUCCCUGGCCAAAUCAUCGUAAGCGGUAACAUUUUUAGAGAUAUAUAUAUAUAUAUAUAUAUAUUCGUUUGGUGACAUUUGGGUUAAUUUCAAAGAUUUCUUAUGGUUUUUAGGCUGGUCUGGCAGAGGGAAAGAACUUUGUAUGUUAUUGUCUAAGACAAAGAGUGUUUUUAGUCAUUUGCUGCCUUUUAAGAAUUGUAUUGAUAUUAUGCUUUGGUAAGUAGUUAGUUAAUGAUUCAUGAUGCAACAAAUUGAUUAGCUGAUCUUGAACUUGAGCGUAUAGGAAACUUUAAAGCACGUGUUUGGACACUUUAAGCGCAAGUUGAUUUACAUUUGCUCGAAGCUGUAAGUGACCUGUGCUGUACACGUUUGCAGUAUCAUUUUUUUUUCCUGUUUUAAGCUAUAAAGCUUCAUGUUCUCUUU